AAAAAAAAUAAUCCAACUGGUUCACCAAAUGUGGAUUUGGAGAGAUUUCUCUUGGAUGAUUUAAUCCAAUUUGGUACCUACACGUGUAUUAAAUGCGUGCUUAUUAUACCAAUCUUUUCGUAAUUAACAAAAGACCCACUUCCACUUUGAGCUUCUUGACUCCAUUUUCAUCAAACACCUUCAAAACAAAAUCGAUCCCAGAAAAACCCAGAUGGAAUUCUGCGGGCAGCAAGUGGUUCUGAUCACUGGGUGCUCCCAAGGAGGCAUAGGCCAUGCCCUGGCACAUGCGUUUGCUGCAGAGGACUGUCUGGUGGUGGCUACGAGCAGGUCACUGAGCUCCAUGGCUGACCUUCAGGAGGACCCAAGGUUCUUUUUACAAGAGCUGGAUGUGGUUUCAGAUGAGAGUGUGGAUCAUGUGGUGUCUAGUGUUUUGGAGAAGUACGGCCGAAUUGAUGUGCUGGUCAACAAUGCUGGGAUUCAAUGUGUUGGCCCUCUUGCAGAAGUCCCUCUCUCUGCUCUGCAAAACACUUUUAAUACCAACGUUUAUGGUUCCAUGAGGUUGAUACAAGCUGUUGUCCCUCACAUGGCAUCAAGGAAAAAGGGAAAGAUUGUAAAUCUUGGAAGUGUUACUGUUUUGGCCCCUGGACCAUGGGCUGGUGCCUACACAGCAUCCAAAGCUGCUCUUCAAGCACUUUCUGAUUCUUUAAG